AUGUUUCUUUCAACACCAUCUGCUUCAUUUAAUUUGACAAGUAUUGAAAAGAAAUUAGCAGCUAUUGACUCAGCAUCAUCAUCAUCACCAUAUACAGUUAAAACAACACAUCGAUUAACAAAAGUUAAUAAUGAAACAGAAUUAGAUUCACAUUUAAAAAGUGAAAGAGCAGGUUUUAAUGAUGAACAAUUUGAAUAUCUAACACAACAGUCAUUAACUCAAGCUGAUACUGAUUAUUGGGAAGAAAUAUUUACAGAUAGUUUAAAACGUCGUCGUAAUUUAAUCAAUUGUCUAUUAGCUGAUGAUCUUCGACCUCGUUCAAUAUCUUCCUAUGAUUCAGCAGCUGCAACUAAAACUAAUCAAGUAUUAAAUGAUCCUACAACAUCUUCAACUGGUUAUGAUUUUAAAUCAGGUUGGAUAUCACAACAAAAUCAAACAACAGUAUGCACUGAUUUAUCAGCUGUUGAACAACAAUAUGCUCAGACACUUAUUAAAUAUAAUCAAACAAGAACAUCAUCAGGUACUAAUGAUGGAGAUAAAUUAAUCGUACAAUACAAACAUGUUGCUAAAACCUAUGAAACUCAAGUUGCAGCUGAUAUGUGGCAUGCUGCUGAAUGGAUGUCAGGUGUACUUGAUUAUGAUUAUCAAAAAAAUGAUUUAUUUCAUGCUCAACGUGCAGUUGUUCUUUGUGCUCGUGAUUAUCUUGAACGAAGUUUUCGUCAAGCAUUAGAAACAACUUAUAAUGAUAUAGAUUUAUAUGGAUGUUUAUUAUCAUUUAUAACAUCAAAUGAAAAAAUUUCUGGUUUACAAUCAGUUGAUGAUCGUCUUGUUGAUGGUGUAUCAGCAUGGCCUCUCAUUUUUUAUGCAUUAAGAGCUGGUGAUAAUGAUCUUGCUUUAAAUAUAAUUCAGAAAGCAAAUUUACCUCAUGUUCGAACUUUACUUGAAACUUAUCUCUCAAAAGAACAGACAACAAUAGCAAAUACUUCGACAACAACUACAACAGCAGCAGCUACAACGACAACUACAAAUAAAUCUUCGAAUAUUCGAAAUAUUGAAUAUAGUCUUGUUGGAAAUCCUUAUAAACGUGCAGUUAUUUGUAUAUUAGAUCGAACGAAUUUAGUUGAUGCACAUGAAGAUGUUUUAUUAUGUAUUGAAGAUUUUUUAUGGAUAAAAUUAGCACAAAUUCAAAUAAUAAAUGAAACAGCACUUCAUGAUCGUACUAAUAUUCAAUUAACUAUACCAAGACUUCAACGUUGGAUAUUACGAGAUCUUGGUGAAGAAUAUUUUAAAGCAUAUGAACAACCAUUUCGAUAUACACGUAUUCUUCUUCUAUGUGGUGCAUUUGAAUCAGCAUGUGAAUUUUUAUUUAAAAUACCAUCAACAAAAGUUCAUUCAAUUCAUUUAGCAAUUUAUUUUAAUGAAAAAUAUUUACUUGGAUUAACAUCAUCCAUUGAUGAAUGUAUGAUUAUGAUUGCUGGAAGUUCACAACAAAACAAAACAAAUACAGCAUUAAAUUUACCAAAAUUAGUUGAAUCUUAUUUAAAAGAAAAAUUAAUUCAUGAUCAACGUCGAUAUUGGGAAUUAAUUAAUUAUGCAUAUGCAUUAAUUAAUAUUGAACAUUUAGAAGCUGGAACAGAAUUUCGUAGAUUAUUAAUUGAUUUAACAACUAAUCUAGAUGAUUUACAUAUUGUAUAUGGAAAAUGGAUUAUUGUUUCAGAGAAUGAUGGAGGAGAAGAAAACAAACUAGUAAAACUUGAAAGAGGUCUCUUACAUCGAUUAUUCUCUCAUCUUGAUGAUUCUGAUAUUGACGAUAUAUUAAUUAGUCUUGCAACAAUAAUUGAAGAACAUCAUCGUUCUCAUCUACUUGUUGCAUCGGCUCUAUUUGAACUUGCACGUGAUUAUACUUCAUCUAUACGUCUUGCUUUAGAAUAUAUGACACAAAUAAUUCAUGAUCGUUUAUUAAUAUCAACGUCGACAUCAACACCAUUACCAUUCGUUUAUGAAUUAGCUCAACGUCUUCAAAUAUUAUCAAAUCUAAAACAAACUGAAACUAAACAAAAUUAUUAUCUUUUAUUAGAUAUUUAUGCAUUUGUUGAUUAUUAUCUUCGUAUAGGACAACAUGAACGAGCUUUUAUUGUUUUACGUCAAUUAAAAUUAUUUCCUUAUGGAAAAGAUUAUGAUGAAGAUGAACAAGUUAGACAAUUAUUUACAUCAAAUAAAUGGCUUCAACAAUUAUUUCCACAUCUCUGUUUAGCUGCUCUUCGUACACAUUUAGCAGUUAUUCAACAAGGUUCAAAUAUAUCUUUAAAUGAAGAAGAACAAAAUCAAUAUGAAUUUUAUCGUCGUACAGCACCUAUUGACUUAAUUCAUCUUGCUGAAUUUGCUCAUAUGCAAUCACAAUUAUUUACCCGAACUCAACUACGUUCUAUUGAUCGACUUUGUGAACAAGCAAAUCAAUAUCAUGAUCAAGAUAUGGAAUUUCAUUAA